AUGGUUAGGGCGAGAACGAUUUUCCUUAUCCUUGCUGGAGGUAUUGCUUGCAGCGGAAUAGUAGCCCUUUGUGCUGUAUUUGGUGGUCAAACCGGGAAGAAAGAUGUUGUGCCUAAUGCACCUCCUUUGAAGAGCAUGAUGAUCCCUGGUGGCGGUAUCGCAGGGAUUUUUCCGGGAGACAAAAUUUUCGGAGAAGAUGGGUCUUUGAAGGGUGGGCCGAAAUUCGAAGAGAGUAUCAUUGUUAAGGAUGGGGUGACGAGGACUUCCACGGGGACUCGGAUCAUAGUGUCUACGAAUACGGCUAUGGCUUCGGCUAGGAAAGGGGAAACGUCGUCUAGUUAUAGACAUAGGUACAUACCGACGACUUUGGAAAAGGUCAUUAGAUCUUCUACGACGACGGAUGCUGCGCUAUCUGAAACCCCUACGCUAACUAAUGUUCUGGAACAUGAUGUUACUGAAUCUCAACCGGCUGUAAAAUCUACCUCUGAAGCCGUAACCGCCACCGAAGCACCCCAAAAAUCUCGAGAAGCACCUGAAGAAGAGCCCCAAGAAACAAGCCGAGAGAUGCCUAAGGGAGAACCUCAGAAAACGGGUCAGGGAGCACUCGAGAAAGAACCGCAGGAGACAUCUCGGGCCGAUACACCUAAGGGGGCACCUCAAAAAGCACCAAAGAAAAAACCACAAAAAGGGACUAAGGAGGAACUACAAGAUCCCCACGAGAAAUCCCAUGUACCAUCUGAGGGGGUAUUCCAAGAAGAGCCUCAAAUGAUACCUCAAGAGGUGCCUAAGGAGUCAAGUCAAGAGGUACCUCACGGUGAACAAGAGGUGGACUAUUUACCAGAUGAAGAAACAAUGACGGCCCCCAAAGUUAAUCCGGAAGACCUAGAGGAUGUGGAAUCCCAACCCGAACUGGAGCCCGCUGGGCUUCAAUCUAAGACAGAACCCGAAUAUGAUCAAAAACCUGUGGAAGAAUCAACUACAGAGUUGGAACCAGGUCUAGAAGAAGAAGAUCCAGUACUCGCCGAUGCCCGGAAGGGGGCUUCCAAGGGACCCCAGCCCUAUAUUCUUGGAACGACAGAACCGAUUACGAAUGAUGACGAAAUUAUUCCGAAUUAUUUUACCAAAGAAAAGGGAAGAAAGUCAAGCCAGGAGAUGGAAGAGCUUAAAAACGAUAUCGUAUUCUAA